UCUUGAAGAGAUGGAAACAGAUGAAGCCCUGGUGUUAGAAAUAUAUCCGAAUUUAAAUUUCCCAGAGAAUAAGCCAAAAAAACAUGAGUUUGAUGUCUUGAUACUAACAACUACUCAUCCUGGCAUUGUCCUCUCUGUGGGGUCUUCCAGUCCGAUGGAUGUAACACAUCUUGGAGAAUAUAACGAGGCUCUGGCUAGAGAAUUGGCACACCAAAUGAAAUACUUCACAAAGGAAUAUUUCAAUUUGCUCCCGAUAUCGAUGACUGUUGAAGAUCUGUCCAAGGAGAAUCUGAAGAAGAAGAUUGACGAAAUAACUACACAUCAGCUCUUGUACUACCCUUAUCACAGACUGGAAAUGAAUGCAGCGAAAUACAGCGCAAUGGUGGAUGCGUUUGUGGCGAUAGACAUGACAAGUCAUUUUAUGGAAGAUACUGCCGAUGACCGUGAACCGCCUGAACUUCUCGACUGUCCCAAAGAGUUGUCAAAGUCUUUCAAUUUUGUGGAAGAUAUUGCCGAUGACCGUGAACAGCCUGAACUUCUCGACUGUUCCAAAGAGUCGUCAAGGUAUUUCGAAACUGCGAGAGUCGUACGUGCGGCAGAAGGUGGUGUACCAGCAGAGUCAAGAUCUAGUGAAGAUUGUGGGUUUUUGGACAAAGAACUACGCAUUGUUUUGAUUGGCAUCACUGGUUCAGGGAAAAGCUCAUCUGGCAAUUCCAUUCUUGGCUUUGACAACAAACAAGGCUUUAAAUCGGAGGCUAGUCCUACCUCGAUUACAACAGAAUGCUCAGUUAGGAUGGCUGCGCGAUAUGACCGUAAUCUAGUGGUCAUUGAUACUCCUGGCGUGUGUGAUACUAGACGAGCAAAGGGGGAGAUCACCAAGGAUAUUAUCCAGAGCAUUACCAUGUCAGCACCAGGUCCUCACGCCUUCGUCAUGGUUCUAAGAGUCCAGCGAUUUACCAAACAAGAUCAAGAUACAAUUACAUACUUCAAAGAUGUAUUUGGGAACGAUAUGUUAAAAUAUUUGUUCUUGCUUUUUACUGGACUUGACGAUCUUGAAGCGGAUGGCAAAACCCUACAAAUGUUCCUAGAUAAUGCUACAGGAGAACUUAAACACCUGAUCCAAGAAUGUGGUGGCAAAUACACUGCAAUAAACAAUCUGGAAAAGGACGUUACAGUGAAAGAAAGACAAGUUAAAGAGUUGGUAGAUAUUAUCAAGAGCAAUGUGGCCAAACAUAAUGGCAAUUAUUUUACAACAGACAUGAUGAAAGCAGCAGAGGAAGAGAUUCGUAAGCGGGAAGCCACAAUACGACAAGAGAAAGAUGAAGAAUUUAGAAAAAAAUUUGAAAAUAUCCAGAAAGAAGUAGAAAAAAAGUUUGAAAAACGACUAAACGAGUUGAAAAAAGAAAACCAAGACUUGAAGGGCAACUUGGAUGAAUCGAAGAAAAAACUAGAGCAAAUGAUGCUGGCAGAACGCAUGGCGCGACUAAAGCUUGCAUACGACGACAUCGCCGAAGUAGUUAGAAACGAAGUUCGAAAACAUGCCGAAACCAACGAUUCCUUCAUAGACACUGUCAGGAAUGCAGUCCGUAGAUUAGGGAAAAUCAUGAAAUAUCCUUUGAAAACAAUAUUGGGGAAAAAAUGAAAUUAAAAAUAAACAAUCUGACACAGCCCCCCGAAAAAGAACACAUGUAUCAGCAGAUUAAAACAUACGUUUUAUAAGUAUAAAAGGCCUAAACAUUUCUGUUACCGGGUACAUGCAAAA